ACACAAAGGAAGCAUAUCUAUGAGCUGGUGAAGGAGAUGCACUCUCUGUUUCAAUGACCCAUUAGCUGUUAUUUUCACUGUGAAAAUCUCUCUGUAAAUUUGAGUCGCUGUCUAUGUUCCAAGUUUGUACCUUUAUUGUCCCCACUCCAAAAGUUAAAGAGAGAUCGAGUGAUUGAGGCACUGAGGGGACAGAGUGGUAACACCCCGCCAUCUGUGGCUCCUAUUUCACUCUCUAUCUAACUCCAAAUCCAAUCAUGCCUUCAGGUGCUAAGAAGAGAAAAGCUGUCAAGAAAAAGAAGGAAAAGGAAAGUAACAUCAACCCAUCAACCAAUAACCCUCAAGGAAAUGAUGACCUGAAGUCUCAAGAUGAGAAAGGAAGUGAUGGUGGUGAGGCUAGUUCACCUGCAUAUGAUGACCAUGAUGAUCAUCGUCAUCCAUUCAAUGAUGGGAGUAAAGAAUUGGAAGAGAGAGACCCAUCAGCUGCUCAACCAUAUGCUUCUGAUGCCAAGUCCAUGGAAGAAGUUCCUAGUGAUGUUAAGAUUGACAAUGUGUUUGGAGAAAAGGAGGAUAGUGUUGUUAUGAUAGAGAGAGAUUUGAAAUCCGAGGAGAGUUCUGAGAGAAAAAAUGUAGGAUUGGAGCACAUUGAGACUGCCAAGGAAUCAUGUUAUGGGAAUGGUACUUCAAAUGGUGAAUCCCUUACUGAGAAAAACUCGAAGGAUGAGAAUUACAAUUCAUUUGAAGAGGCAAUUGCAUGUCAUGAGUUGGUUAAAUCCAUUGAUUCUUCACCUUCCGAAAUGACUUUGAUUACUAAAAAUGCACCAGUUGUGGAGACUGAUGAUUCAGCUGCUGAAUCUUCUGUUAAUUCAGUUAAGGCCGUGGCUUCUGUGUCUGAGGUAGAAAACAAUGAUACUGGAAGUGUAUUACUAGAGAAGUCAGCAAUCCCUCCUGUAGAAGUGACCAAUCACACUAUGAAGAUAAAUGAGGAUAAUGUAUAUCCCUUAACCGAUGAGAAUGCUACAACAUCAAGUUUGGAGGAACCUAAGCGUAAGGAAUAUGAUAGUAAAGUGUUAGCUUCAUUGUCUGCUAGUCCUCCUUUCACUAAAUUUACUAAUGGAGGAGAAAACAUUAAAGAUUCUGAUACUCCAGAAUGCUCUGAAAAUCAGCAUCAUGCAGCAUCAGCUCCACAUAUUGUGCAAAAGACCUCAUGGUUGAGUUGCUGUGGAUUGUUUGAAGUUCUGUCAGGUUCUAAUAGAUAAUUUUCAGGUUCCAACAUUGAAGUUAUUUUAUCUUGUAAAAUCAUAUUUGCUAGAAUUCCCUUCCAACUUAAAAGGUUGUACUUGCUGAAACACAUAUGCUCCCCUCCUGUGUGCUUGCUGGAAUUGUUCUUGUUUGUUAUUUGGUUUGUCUUGUCAGGUUCAUGG